AUGACCACCGACGUCACCCUCGGCCGCGUGUUCCCGACUCCCCAAGCAUUCGCCGAGGCCGUCUCGCCGCACUUUGCUCGGACUGGGUACGGUUCACCGACACUCGACCCCUUUCACAACGCCGAGCCUGCAGUCGUCGUGGUUCGGUGCCCGAGGCCGUCCCAGACGCGUGCCGGCUGUCGGGCGCGGUUCGAAGCGAUGAGGCAGCCGGCUGACGGCACAUACCGCAUUACGAACAUCGAGGUGCGACACACUUGCGACGACGACCACGACUGCGACGAAGACGAAGACGGCGACAUUCCCAUCGACCUCGGACCGUCCCUUCCUCUGCCGACGUCGACGCAAGGAGGCUCCUCGUCGGUCUCGUCUCCGGCCCAACCCGCCACACCCGUCGCGCCAAAGGCCAAGCGCAAGCCGAAUCAGCUCGCCCGCAAGUCCGGCCACAACAAGGCGCCGGGUCACAACAAGGCGCCAUCCCCCUACGGCGGCCGUCCUGUCGCUCCUCUCUCGCUCACGGCCGGCAGCUCCGCCGCUUCGGGUGUUCGCCGCUCGCACGAAGCCCCUUCCGCUGCAGGCGGCGCUGCUGCGCCUACUCUCGUCGGCGCCGCCGCUUCUCCUCGCCGCUCGACCUCGAUGAUGGCGCCGCCUGUCUCUGCCCCUCCUCGCCAGUCGCUCCCUUCGUCGUCAGCCUCUCGCCUCCUCCCUUCGAAUCCCUCCGCCUUCGCCUCUCUCCCUUUCGGUCCCCUUCCAGCUCCAGGACCGGUCGCGUCGACUUCGGCCGCAGCCGGCGCAGCGCGUCAGCCUCGAGUCACUCCGCGCAGCGCCCUCCAGGCGUUCGCGCACGCUGCGCUCGGGGUUGACGACCCGCGAGGCCCGACGGACGCCGCACUCGCCGAGGCGUUCCGCGACUUUACGACCAUGGCCGAUGACCUUCGCGAGAGGCUCCUCUUCGAGUGGGUGGCGCAGGGUCGCCUCUCGCCGGUGGAGGCGUCGGACAUCGCGGCGCUUGCGCGGGAGGGGCGGAGGGCGAUGGGUCGCCGUCCUGGCAGCAUCUGA